AUGCCUGCUAAACAGCCAGUCGCCCUGAUCAUGGGCGCAUCCCGCGGAAUUGGCCGCCAAGUCGCCAUCGACCUAUCCCGAAACGGCUACGCAGUAAUGCUAGCAGCAAAAACAACAUCCGACGCAAGCAAAACAGUCCCGUUCCCACCAGACCCCAACUCCCCCUCCUCAACAAUCAACACAGUAGAGCGGGAAAUAACUGAAGCCGGCGGAAAAGCGCAUACCAUCGCCGUCGACGUCCGCGACGCUUCGCAAAUUCAGAACACGGUCGAUGAGACAGUCCGCGUAUUCGGCAAACUGGAUGUGCUGGUCUACAACUCCGGCGCGAUCUGGUGGUCUUCUGUGGAGAAUACGCCCCUCAAGCGAUUCAGAUUGAUGCAGCAAAUUAACCCGGAGGGCCUUUAUGCUACGAUCCAGGCUGCUUUGCCUUAUUUUGGAAGGAAUGGUUGGAAAGGAAGGAUUGUUGUUGUUUCGCCACCGAUUUAUUCGAGGUUUUUUAGGGGGAAGACGGCUUAUGCUAUGGGCAAGGUCGGAAUGAGCGUUCUCGUCAAAGGUCUUGCUAUGGACUUUAUCCGCCAAGAGCGCAAGGAUAUGGCUAUUACAAGUAUCUGGCCUGCAUCGUCAAUCGAGUCAGCCGCAACGGAACACAACAAAACAUUCGACAAGUCGUACAAGAAAGACCUCAGAAAACCAACAAUUUUCUCCGACGCAAUCCUCGAAAUGCUCCGUGCCCCGGCACCAACUGUCAACGGCCUCCUCGACACGGACGAAGACUUCCUCCGCGAAAAAUGCGGUGUGACGGAUUUCUCCAAAUACGCCGUUAUUCCGGGAUCGACACCGAGGCGGAUUAUGCCGGUUGAGUUUCCAGUGUUGGAGGUUGCGGAGCAAGAUGACGAGGGGCAGAGGAUGGAUAGUUCGAAGAUGAGGGCUAAGAUUUGA